AGGCAACCCCAGCCCUCUUUCUUCCUAGUAGGUAUUCCAGGCUUGGAGGAAAGUCAGCACUGGAUAGCGUUGCCCCUGGGUGUCCUUUACUUCCUAGCUCUAGUAGGUAAUGUGACUAUUAUCUUCAUCAUCUGGACUGACUCAUCCUUGCACCAACCCAUGUACCUCUUCCUGGUCAUGCUCGCUGCCAUUGACCUGGUCCUGGCCUCCUCCACGGCACCCAAAGCCCUCACAGUGCUCCUGGCUUAUGCUCAUGAGAUUGGGUACAUUGUCUGCCUGACUCAGAUGUUCUUCAUUCAUGCCUUCUCCUCCAUGGAGUCAGGCAUACUUGUGGCCAUGGCUCUGGACCGCUAUGUUGCCAUCUGCCACCCUCUGCGCCAUUCCACCAUCCUGCAUCCAGGGAUUAUAGGACGCAUUGGGAUGGUGGUGCUGGUGCGGGGGUUGGUCCUCCUCAUCCCCUUCCCCAUCCUAUUGCAGAACCUUGUCUUCUGCAGAGCCACUGUCAUAAGCCAUGCCUACUGUGAGCAUAUGGCUGUGGUAAAACUUGCCUGUUCUGAAACCACAGUGAAUCGAGCCUAUGGGUUGUCAGUGGCAUUGCUGGUGGUUGGGCUAGAUGUGCUGGCCAUUGGCAUCUCCUAUGCCCUAAUCCUCCUGGCAGUGUUGAAGGUCCCAGGGGGUGAAGCCAGGCUCAAGGCCUUCAGUACAUGUGGGUCUCAC